AUGACGUCACCCGAUACCCUGACCUACAGUCAGUCAGCGUAGGGAUGCUCUGAACGCAGGACUGCAGCAUCUUUCCUGAGAGACUAGGGAAAAAAAUCUCAUCUCCCUCUUGCUUUGUAUCCAUUCUCGGCAUUCUUAUCCCACUGGACCCUCCUGAAAACCCACCCCUUGCCCUCGAACAACGAACAGCAGGGUGUCUUCAUGCGCGAAAGGAGGACCGGAUAAAACAUCACAUUUUUAUUUCACCACCUUUCUUUACCCUUUAUUUAUUUAACCUCUUUUGUCGAAUAGGCUAUAUGAUUUUCUAAAUUUUUAUUUUGUUGACCAUUGCCUAGCUGCAAUUGAGAGGAGCGCCACCGUUCUGCAUUGCUUGAUAGGAAUACGCGCUUUAUUGUUGCAGUGGAAUGAAAUAACACACAUGAAGAAAUUAAUGGAAGAUUAAAUUAGCCUACCGACUUCACGUUUAGUAUUUGUGGAACGGGAUAUAAUUGAUCAGUUCAUUGGAUUUUUUUCAGGUUAUCUGUUCCAUAAGCGGCGUACGCAUCGUCUUGUUCGGUUUGAACAAAUAACCCCUACUCUGCGUAGCAUCUCGGUGUUCUCCGAAGGGGCGAGAAUAACGCGCAAGCGAUUUCAUUCGCAAGAAAAUACGCAUUUUCAAUUUCUUAAUCGCUUCGUCUGUUCAAAGACUCUUUCUUCAGUAGGCUGCGUUGCAUAAAGGGAUAAACGCAGUUUCAACCAACCUACUUUUAAAAUGAUGGCCGGCGGGGCAGUACAGCAAAACGGGAUUUUCUCGAAUCCUCACCAUCACAAUCAACAGCCGCACAUGGAGUCGGAUCCCCCCGAUUCGCGUAAAAGACCGCUGGAGACCCCAACCGAGGCUAGCAGCACUAAACGCACAAACACGGGAGUGGCCUUCCUGCAGCCCCUUUUUGAAACUGAAGGCAUUGUAUUCCCUCACCAAGAAUCACACUCUGAGGCACAUGAGGAAGGUGAGUACUUCCUGAAGGUGCUGAUUCCCAGCUAUGCCGCCGGCUCCAUCAUCGGCAAGGGCGGCCAAACCAUCGUGCAGCUGCAGAAAGAGACAGGCGCCACCAUCAAGCUGUCCAAAUCCAAAGACUUCUACCCAGGCACGACAGAGCGGGUGUGUCUGAUCCAAGGGACAGUUGAGGCGUUGAACGGAGUCCAUAACUUCAUCGCUGAGAAGGUGCGGGAGAUGCCCCAGAGCACCCAGAAGUCAGAGCCGGUCAGCGUACUGCAGCCACAGACCACUGUCAACCCAGACCGCAUCAAACAGGCCAAGCUGAUUGUCCCCAACAGCACGGCGGGCCUGAUCAUUGGGAAAGGCGGAGCCACGGUCAAGGCCGUCAUGGAGCAGUCGGGAGCCUGGGUGCAGCUCUCCCAGAAACCCGAGGGCAUCAACCUGCAGGAGCGGGUGGUCACCAUCAGCGGGGAGCCCGAGCAGAACCGGAAAGCCGUGGAGAUCAUCGUCCAGAAGAUCCAGGAGGACCCGCAGAGCAGCAGCUGCCUCAACAUCAGCUACUCUAACAUCUCCGGCCCGGUGGCCAACUCCAACCCCACCGGCUCGCCCUACGCCAACUCGGCCGAGGUGAACCCUGCAGCCGCCGCCGCCGCGGCGGCAACCGCCUCCAGCCUCCUGGGUCAGGCCACCAUGCAGAGCAUGGGCGGUUUCCCCACCACCAUGGGCGCUAGCUUCUCAGGCAAUGACCUCCUGACCAUCACCUCGGCCCUCAACACGUUAGCCAGCUAUGGCUACAACACCAACUCCCUGGGCCUGGGGCUCAACCCCGCCGCCGCCUCGGGGGUCCUGGCCGCUGUAGCUGCCAGCGCUAAUCCCGCCGCUGCCGCCGCAGCUAACCUCCUGGCGUCCUAUGCCAGCGACGCAUCCACCAGUGCAAGCCACCAGGCAGCCUCUCUGGGAGGCUUCACCCUGGGCUCGCUGGCCGCGGCCACGGGGGCCACCAACGGCUACCUGAGCGCCUCGUCCCCACUAAUGGCGUCUUCGCUGAUGGCCACCGAGAAGCAGAUGCAGGACGGGGCGAAGGACGUGGUAGAGAUCGCCGUGCCCGAAAACCUGGUGGGAGCCAUCCUGGGGAAAGGAGGGAAGACGCUAGUGGAGUAUCAGGAACUGACCGGAGCCCGGAUCCAGAUCUCCAAAAAGGGAGAGUUCAUCCCCGGCACCCGGAACCGUAAAGUUACCAUAACCGGGUCACCGGCAGCUACACAGGCAGCCCAGUAUCUGAUCAGCCAGCGAAUCACGUAUGAGCAGGGUGUGCGCGCCACCAAUCCACAGAAGGUGGGCUAAACAAAGGGAACGAAAAAGGAGGAAAACGAGUGGGGGCUGGGGGAGGAAUGCAAAGAGAGAAAGGGAGAGGAGAGCAAGAAUGUUGGAAGGAAUCGUCCACACGUUUUUUCGUGUUUCAGUAUUCUGAAAGUAAUGCAGAGUGAGAAAUCUGCUCAGAGAAGAGAAAGUGUCAGUUGGGAAAACAAAGAAAAAAAUGUGUAAAAUGUAAAUAUGUUUUUAUUACUUAAGUCUUGAUCUUUCUGGAUUUUUUUUUUUAUUGUUUCCGUUUGUGUUGUUUUGUUGUUUGUUUGUUUGUGUGCUCUCUGGACAGUGGUGAACGCCAUUUUAAACUGGCACGCUGCCGGGCUACAGUUUGGAAAAGGGGGGCGGUGGGGGUAUUGGGGGUCGACCCCCAUGGAAUCAGCCCCUUCCCCACCCCCACCCCCAUUCCUAUGGAGCUCAAUUUUUUUUUUCUUAAGAUGCUUUCAGUUUCAAUUUGUCCCUCAGCCUGCCCCCCCCCCCCCCAACCCCAAUUUUCGCCCUCCCCUAUAAGGGUCCGAUAAGACUGCAAACAAGUGCUUGGUGUGAGAUCUAAGGAAAAUCCCAGUAGUCGAUGAUAUCCCCCUCUCCGUGCCCCCAUCCCUUCCCCCUCUCCCGGCCACCCCCCCCCCUGGUUUGGGCAAAGAAGUAGAGGGGAGGGAUGAGUGGCUGCCUGAGGCAGUCCACACGUGGCCUGUCCUCCUAUUUCCAAUAGCCUGGCGCCUUGGGUUCAGAUUUAACCAGGUGCAUGCAAUGUCACGCUGCGUGUUGGUUCACGGGACGCUCGCGGCUCUUCUGUAGGACGAAGGUUGAAACGCAUGGUGCACCUCAUCGGGUCAAAGGUUGAGAGUAGCACGGGCGUGGAUAUAGAGGCUGUGGCAUUUUUCUCGACGAGUUUUGCAGUCCGAUAUCAUUAAUAUUAUUACAGUUACUAUAGAUAUCAUCAUCAUUAUUUAUUAAUAUGAUUUCACCCAUAAAGUUCAGUAUUUUUCAUUGUUUUUCUAAUCUGUGAAUUCAGGUUGACAUGAAUGUAAAGACUAUAUUUUUUAUUUGAUUUUUUUUUUAUUUAAGUGGAUUUGAUAGUAUGUCACAUAGUGUAAUAUAUGUUUUAUUUAAGUCCAGAACUGCCCCGUUGGCACCACCACAUUGAUGAUUUAGCGUCUGGGUUGGUGUCCAGGAAGAGAAGAACAGGACAGUAAAUAUUCACGCACACACACACGCACGCACAAACUCCCUUGGAUGCCAUUUCAGUGCUCAAAUGGGAUUAUACCAUAUCUACAGUACAUGGCAGAUUAUGGUCCAAUCAAGCAGACAAGCCUCUAUAUUACAGUACAUAUCUGCAAAAUUAAAAUGCCACUUGCGCCACAGGCUGAAUAGCGGUGUGGGCAUUUUGGCUGAGGUUUAGUGCUCUAAUAACGUCUACCCAAAGCUGUUUCAGUGUUGUCCAAGCUCAGAUUACUCUCUUCCCUCCAGCUUAACCUGUGUUGUCGGGACUGCAGGGCUAUAGCUCUAUAUGUCUACUUGCAGAUAUUCGGCGAGCUCUGCUCUUCUGCUUGUGGCUCUCUAUCAGCAGGCCAGAUACCAGGAACAAGAGCACUUAGAAACUCUGGGUGGUGACCCUGCCAGGAGACACACAUACUACUGAAAAAUGAACAAACACUGAAGCUGGGAAAGUUGUCAGUUGAAAGGGUUUCGCUAGGGUCCAUCCAGUCAGCCUGGCCAUGUCCCAUUAGUGGCGGAGCUAUUGAAGGCAGCGCAUGUUUAGAAGCCGUUUUCCCUACACUUUUUUUGAGCAGCGUCGUGCUACCCACGACGAGCGAGGGAAGUGUAACGUGCUACGUUUCUGUUGGGGCGUGCCCUUUAACCCUAAUGGUUGUGGGUUCUGCAUUUGGCAAACAGCAGGGGUUCUCCCACUACGCUCCACGCAAUGGAUACUGCCCACUACAGAGCCAUAAGCUGCUAAAGAUUUUUUGUUUGUUUUUUUUGCAAUCGGAGUACACUGAAGUUCAUGUUAAUGCACUGUGAAGUGUGGGUAUCCUUCUCUCUGCCCAUGGCGGUCAGGUUUGUGUGCUGUAGUUCAGGAACUCCAUCACAGGCACAUGCGUGAUUGAGGCAGGUAAAAUGUACAUAUUAAAUUUCAGGCUACUAAUCAUAUCCACUCACGUCCCGACUCCAUUUGCGUACAGCGUCAGACACGCGCUGAAAGGGGGGGUUCAUAUUUCCAAACACGGCUCUUGAGACUGCGAUCUGUAGUCAUGUAUGUGCACUGGCUCGCCUUGGCAUCGAGAGUACUGUAGUCGUAGAAACGGAUGUGGAGGCUGGGAAUGGGGAGUGGCAGGUGUCCAUGCUCAGCUAGUCCAAGACAGCAGUAGUUGGAGGUAUGCAGAGGUUUGUCCCCAUUCUGACAGGGCUGCUAGUAAAAACAAGAACAAAAACAAAGAUAAUCCUAUUGCCCAACUUCCCUUUUUGUAUUUGCUGUCUUCGAAAAACAGUUUAAAUUAUAUUUUCUAAAAUGCCAAAGGAGGAGGGGGGCACAUGUUGCGUAACAUUUAACAAUCUGACUUGCUCUGGUGAGGACCAGUAAUCUGAAGGAGAUCCAUCUAAUGGUGUGCCCUCAAACUAUUACUCAAGAUUGGAAUGCUUUUUCUCCAUGUCUAUUGGAGCGACAGUGAACGCAUAUCUGGACAGAUUGGUAAGGAGGCUUCUUUAUUCCCAUCUAACACCAUCCACUUUCCUCACCCCCCCCCCCCCCCAACCCCUGUACCUCCGUGCACCCCCAUUCUGACACAUCAACCCAGAGCCCCCCUCUUACAUCUCUCCAUGGGUGACAACGUCUGGUGUUACAGUGCAUGUCUGCUUGCUCUUCCAGACCACAACUACUCCAGAACAAGGACUGCCUAAAUCUUCUAAUGCUUUGAGGGCAGAGAGGGCGACACUCGCUUGAUUGUAGAGCUGAGCAUUUGACUGUAGUUAGUGAGCAUUUGGGCAGCGCCAGUGAGAACAUAUCAGUAGGUAAGUAGGAAAUAUGUCCCGCCACCAGUUGACUGAGAGGGAGAAACUGACUUCAUUCUGUCCCCUGGCCAGUGGCUUGAAGCAUCAUUUAUUUUGUAUGUUGCUGGUAGGGAGUAAAAACAUUAUACUACAUUUAAAAGACAUGCAUAAAUGCAUACUAAACACAUGCAGAUAGGUCCGCGAGAAGAAUAAGGGAAAUAAUGCUUGUUGAAGUCCUUAGGAAAUGACAGAGAUUAUUGGAUAUAAGCAAAACUACUACUGUGACAAAUCAAUGUGAACAAUAUCUAAUACCCAUAGUUGGAGAAGGUGCCAACAAAGGUUGUCAAAGGACGCUUUAUUUCUUUUUCUAAUUCAAUAAAAUGACCCCGCAAUGGUGGGGUUUUAGUGUCCAUUUUUAUUUGGUUUGUAAUUUAGGGGAUCUUGAUAAAAAAAAAUAAUGUGAUGAGUACUGGAAGCAAUAGACGUAGUGGUGGCAUGUUGUCCUGUCCUGUCCUUUGAUUCUGUCUGUUGUAAACGUUUUGGAUUUAUCUAGGUGUUGAAGAGGUUUACAUUAAUACGGUUGUUUUUCAUUUGUAAAAAUGCUGCUAUUUAAUAAGUGAUGUACUAAAAAUAAAGUUAAAACAUAUCUGAUUUGUCUAGCAGGAGUGGUUUAGCAGGAUGUUCUAGUUCCAAGAAGUGUAAUAAAUGAAAUACAUGCUGAUAAGAUAAUAAUUACUGUAAUAACAAUCUGACGAAAUAAACCUGUGCCAAAAUAGAUCUUAGCAGAUUGAAACUGUAAAUGCGUGAGAUAAUAAAGAACAUUAGAUGACCAGAAACAUACUUUUAUAAGAAGAACAAAUGUGAAAAGUGCCAAACAAACCAUAUUUAUAAUUUAAAAUAUUAAGGAAUAUAGUACAAGUGACAUUUAAAGAAUAGAAUAAAAUAGAUUUUUAUUUACUCCGCUGUUCAGUUCAACUGUUAUGCCACCUUUAUUACUUUGUGACAUGAGAGAAGGGAGCCAUCUUGUGAUCCAAGUGUUUGCCAAUAAUCCAGAUUUCCUUGAAUGAUACAGUACUCCGGGGAAAGACGGACUUAACAUAUAGCUAGGUUAGCAUGGUUAAUGCUACAACAGUUGUUAGCAUUCUUAAUACAGCCUUUUAUAGUAAUGAAAAUGUAUUUUGUGAAGAUAGAUGUUAUCUUUUUUGCACGUCUAUAUUGCAUGUUAUAAAAGUGAAGCGUGGACAAAAAAAUCUAAGAAACAAAAACUGUUAAAAAAAAAAUAGGCGGUGUGUGUUGUUUAUUUUAAAGACAAAUCUUUGCAUGCCAACAAUGGUAAAGCAUUAUCAUUUUCCUUGACACAUUUUCAAACUUGUGUGGUUUUCACUAAGAACAUGCAGGGACCUGGUCCAUUAGAACAAGGUCAGAUUUUAUGGCAGGAUGAAUAUUUUGUCAUAAUGUUGUCUAGGCUUUAAAGUAUUCUUAGAGAGAUCUGAACAAACUUUUGAUCAAAUAUGAGAAAUACCUUUUUGCUGAUUGUGCUUCUUUUACUAAAACUCUAAAACUGCAUCACUUAAUUACACAUCAGUUGUACUGCUUUUUACAAUAGAUACAGAAAUAUUGUCCAUGAAUGUACUCACCCCAGCAUAAGUUUGCAUAUCACUCUUCGAUCAUGAAUUUAGGGCUUGGGUGUCCAUGUGUUUUGUGUGAAUAAUUAACAUCAGGUAGGCCAGAUAAGGCCCUAGUAUCAUUCUAACCAUAUGUUCCCCUUUUGGGUCCCUCUGAGCAUGAUCUUGUCUCGAUGUAAAUAUGCACUUUAUAUUUCUCAUUUAGACCUUCAAGGAAAAUCUCCUUUGAAAGGAAACGUAGGCUAAGUGUUUUUCAUGAGCACCACACUGACUUGAGACUGCUAUGCUCUGUUGCUGUUCAGAUUAGCAUUUUUCAAUCCUUUGGGUCUCUCCAGAAUUUGGUUUCUGACACUAUAUAUUUACAGAAUUUGAACUUGUUACAUGAGAAUAAUUUUGACUACAAAAGGGGGAAACCCAAAAAAAAAGGAAAGUUUGAAAUGGCCCAUUGCCCAGUUGUCACACAUUAUUUCACUACCGGACUACUGAAUAGUGUUAUUUGGCAUGUUAAAAAAGGAUUGGAAAUAACUAAAGCAGUUUCAGCCCAAGCAAAAAAAUGAUUGGCCUUUUGUAUAUUUCUGGAGCUUUUGACAAGCAAGAAUCAUGAUGUAACCCAGUCUAAAUUACAACCAAAUUUGCAUCCCUGUUCCCAACAACGCCUCAGUAGCAGUGCAGCCUGGGGUGAACAUUAUAGCCCUGCAGAGUGCACUGAGUUGGGGGGCUGAGCACUAGCCUAGUAGCCGCCUUACUGUUCAGCCGUGCAUGUGCUAUUGUCUCGCUUUCCUGUCUGUGUCCGCAGUAGGUCAGCACCAUGGCGAUGUCUCCAUGUUGCCAGGUCAACAGAGGAAUGCAAACUUAUGGUUCACCUGCCCAAAGUGACGUCAUUGCUCUUCAAUGGGCACGCGGCAACUAGCACUCGACUCCCAAAAAACAAAAACCUGACUAUGCCCCAACCGUCACCUCCUCUCACCCGCAUUCACCACCCCUAGCCAGGCAUUCACGGACACCAGAGUCACGCCGUUGGGGGUGUACCCAUUGAAGCACCAGCAAUUUUAGACUGCAUUUGUCAUAUCACUGUUCAGUUCCUAUUUGUUUUUUUUCUGUUUUUCCUUUGUACUACGCUCUCUAACCUAGACCAGUUAUAACAAAAUGCCAUUCAUGUGUAUCCUGUUUACUCCGCCUUUUCUCCCCUUUUUGCACUUUCACUGCCCCCCUUUUCCGACCACUCCCCCACACUUCUGCUCCGAUCCUGCCCACACCACCAAACCCUGCCCCCCCCCCUCCUCCUUCUCCUCCUCCCAGAGUUUCUCCCGAGUGCCAAACAAAAAACAGUACCAUUCCAAACUUUUUUGAGUUUUCUUGUAUGUUGGACAUCCAUUGGACGCCCUCAUGAAGCCAGCAUGUUCCUCCAUAACAUGAUGUCAAUCAUGACGCCUCAACAUUACCCAAAAGAAACAGAUCAAAAACCCCAGAGCUAAAAGCAGACCUGGAUUAACCCAGUAAAGGCUGGCUACCUCUCAUAAACUGCUUUUCCUAAUUCUCUAUCAUCUCUUCAACCUCCAGGACAUCAUUGAUUGUGUGCCAUAGUGUUGGGGGCACUUGUCACUCUCCUCACCUUCCCAGGCCUCUUCAUUUGAUUUCGCCGGGAGAAAAAAAAUGUAAAAUCCAUUUCUAAUGACGAUUUUUUUUCUUUAACAUUAAACCACACUCAGAAUGGUGUGAGGAGUGUAAUCGUCCGCUGCGCAGCCAUCCUCUGUCUUCUGAACUUUGAACUUUUCACCCUUCAUGAACUUUAUUGAACCUCCUUCUUCCCCUUCUAUGUUCAUCAAACUGUUUGGACUUAAAAUCUCCAUUCCAUCGCCAAACCUCUUUGAGACUGUGCAAUUCUAGUUGAAAUGAUUGGAUUUUUUUGUUUGUUUGUUUCUAAUUAUUGGGACAACUCUCAGAAAUAUGGAAUAAAAAAUCAUCCACACAAAAAAUACAGACAAACAAAAAAAAAUAAUAAUAUACGAAACAACUGUUUCUCCACAAUUUCAUUUUUUUCUCUCAUUGUAAAUAUCUGUCAGAUUUUGUUGAGCUGUAAAGAGAGGCGUGUUCAACAGAAUGGGGCCGGCAGCAUAAAAUCCACUUAGUGGAAGAAGGAAAUGAAAAGAUACACCCCAUACAUUUGUAUUCAUUUGUUCUGCUCCAGUAGCUUGUGGUGUUGACAUUGGUGUGACCUGCUGUAUUCCUUGAUGUUUAUCGCCAUCCUAGCUUCACUCCGAUUAAAGAACGCAACAACAAAAAAAGACGCAACAGAGAAUUCAAUGUGAAGAUCUAAAGCUGAAAAUCAUCCUCGUGAUCGAAUUGUUUACAUUUGCUUCCAUAGUUGUGUUCGUCAGUAGUUUUGUUCCGCUUAGAGUGAGUUGUAGUUAUUGUAACGCUUUGUAGUGUAUAAGGACUAAACGAUGUUGUGAACUUGUUAGACUCAACACCUUCCACUAAAUGUGGGCCACACAUAUGGGACGACCAGUGUUGCUCCCAAACCACCAAAGGUAGUUGAACCCUCUCUACUGCAAUACAGUGAAUAUGGUUUACAUGUGAUUUAGUUUAUAACUAUGAUUAUGUAAAUUUGGCAUACUUUAGGUGGGCGAUGGUGAAUGUUAAUGGCAACAUGACAAAGGUUCCCGUAGUGCUCACUAAGGCUGAGAGAACUAAUCUGACACAGCUAGACUGGACUGACCAUACCAUUGCUUAGCUUUGUGCUCCACUCACAAUGUUUUUUGCUGCCGGCCUCAUUUCCUGAUAACACUUCAUGAGCUAUUUAUUUUCAACCUAUUAUAUAUUAAUAAAUGACAACACAACAAGACAAGGGAAUGACUGGAAAGGUGAAUUAUUGUUUUGUUUUUAGUAUUUUAGUGGUUGCUUUUAACACCAUUCAUUAACUGACUUAAAGAGUAUUGAAUAUUUAAUGUAACUGUAGCAUUGUGUUUGUAAAAAAAAAAAAAAAAGUAGUGAGUUGUGUUUAUUGACUUGUGGAUUACCAGUGAAGUCGGCAAUCUAGUGCUAAUAUAUAUUAAAUCUUUUUUUAAGGAUUAUUAUUUUCCGACAGCAACAGUCAUUAUAAAUGUUCAUUUUAGCAUCA